CUCCAAUAUAACUCCAAAAAAGCCCAAAUCAAAAUUCAAAAGCCUCCGUCUGCAUUGGGGAUUUUUGAAAAUUAGGGUUUAUCUCUACUCCCUUCUUCUCCGCCCUUAAACCCUACUCAAAAUCCAUCACAGUUUCACUGUAGCAAAAUGGGCAAACGAGAAAAAUCGGAGAAAAAAUCAGCAAAAUCAGUAGUAUUAGAAGAAGAAUCAGCAGCAGAAGAAGAAGUAAGAAUAAAAAUUAAGAAAAAAUCGAAGAGAAUGCGAAGUAAGAUACGGAAAGAAGAAGAAGAUGAUGAUGAUGAAGAAGGUAAUGAAGAUUUAGUAUUGAAAAUUGUUGAGAAAGCGUUGCUUCGUAAGUGCCGUUCAGCUGUAAAUGGUAAAGCUGAGGAUGUAAUUGUUAAUGAUUUGAAUGGGGAAAGUAAAAGUAGAAAAAAAGAUAAAAAGAAGAAGACGAAGAAGAAGAAGGAGGAAAAUGAUAUUGAGAUUCUAGAAGAAGAUCCUCAGGUGUCAAGCAGAAUAGAUAAAGAUUUCGAGAGCUUCUGUAGUGAGAUGUCUCUGGUGGAUGAAAUGAAAGAACAAAAUGUGGAUGAUAUUGAUAUGAAUGUUGUUGAUGAUGCAGCUGAAAAGAAUCCUGUUGAUGAUGCAGCUGAAAAGAAUCCUGUUGAGAUGUCUGAUAGUCUCGUCCUACGAAGGCUUCUUCGGGGGCCAAGAUACUUUGAUCCUCCAGAUAGCAGUUGGGGAACCUGUUAUAAUUGUGGUGAAGAGGGUCAUACUACAGUCAACUGUACUUCAGCCAAGCGCAAAAAACCAUGCUUUGUUUGUGGGAGUUUUGAUCAUAAUUCUAAACAGUGUGCAAAGGGCAAAGAGUGUUUCAUCUGCAAGACGGGCGGUCAUCGUGCUAAGGAUUGCCCUGAAAAAAACGGAGGAGGAUCUGAAAGAUCAAGAAUGUGUUUAAAAUGUGGGGAUUCUGGCCAUGAUAUGUUUUCAUGCCGGAAUGACUAUUCUGCUGAUGAUCUAAAGGAAAUACAAUGUUACAUAUGUAAGAGUUUUGGUCAUCUUUGCUGUGCAAGCUACCCUGAUAGUGGUCCAACAGAAAUAUCCUGUUACAGAUGUGGUCUACUAGGCCAUACCGGUUUGGCAUGCGCAGGAUCUCGUGGGGAGACCAGUGGUACAGGGCAUCUUAGUUCUUGUUAUAGGUGUGGUGAAGAAGGGCAUUUUGCACGAGAAUGCACUAAUUCCAAUACAGUCAAUAAGUGGAAUCGGGAAUUAUCAACUCCCAAGAAGAAAGUGUUCAAGGAAAGAAAAGAAAAUCACGAGUUCCAUUCUGCUCCUCAUGAUUUUGGCAAGGGAAGAAAGAACACACAAUAUGGAGGAUAUGCAUCAGGCUACAAUACAAAACAAAGGGCUGGUUGGAUCACCGAUGAUCCUGAAGACUUCCCUCGAUCCAAUGGUUGGAGAUCUCCUUCAACUCCCGGAAAUAAGAGAGCCAGGAUAUCCAACUAUGGUGAUCAUUCCUCUAUUUCUUAUUCAUCUAGAAAGUCCAACAGGCUUGACUUUUAUGAUUCAACUCAUUAUGGAUCAGUCAAAUAUCAUCAUCACCAUAGGUUUUCAGCCUCACGAUUUGGCAACAGCAGUCAUGCCGGCAGGAGAAAUUAUGAAUGGUAACAAAAACCUUCUAUCUCCUCUUCUUUGGAUGACCAAGAAAUCCCUCCGGACCCAAACCUUUGGGCCAACCACAGUCUUCAAACCUUGGGGGUACUGGACUUAGUUCGCUUGACCUAAGUCUCGAACUUGUGACCUAAGACACAAGUCCCCCAACCUUGCCAAUCGAGCUAAUGGCGUCACCUUAGCGAAAGAAGUCCGUGGACCUUCCUUCGAGGGCGCGGUAGAUAGUGAAAGGUUGACCCUUUAUAAAUUUAGGGGCAUCUCCUUUUCUUUAUAAAUUAUUGUUGUUAAAAAUUUGAGUUCCCCAUUGAUUCCAUUAUUGUACUCCCCUCCCAAAGGGGCAUGUGAAAUUAUAUUUUGUCAAUUGUUUAAAAAUCUAUAUCUCUCUCUUAUCAAAAGAUUGUGAGAUUGCUGU